AGCGCUCCGUCAGUGUAGCGCGCGGCCGGACAGCCCAGCAACAGCCCGCGCGGCGGCAGCAGCAACAGCAGCGGCAGCAGCGCUUCAACCGCUCUUCUAUUCUCCUAGCACCGCUCUUGGUCAGAGGGAGCUCGCACGGCACUGUGUGUUCAGAGACAGGUGCUGGACUGUUGACCACGAACGAAAGCUAGUUUUUUUUUUUUUUUUUUUCACUGCAUUCCGAUAAAGCUUUAAAUAGUCGGAACAUGAUUUGUAUUUAAUGGGCUGGGUGGGGGGGGGGGGGGGAGGGGGUGGGGUGGGGGGGGGUAGGCCUAUUUUGAUUUGAUUCAAAGCUCAUGUGAUCGUAAGCAGCCCGACGCGUGGACGGAUCGGUACCUCCCGUUUGGCCGCCGGUUCAACACUGUCCUGCCUUCUUUUCAUCGAUCAUCAGGCCACGGGAGGAGGAGAUGAACACGAAGGAUCGUGUGCGUAUGUGCAGGCAAUAGAGGCGGACUGCUGCGGUCCUUAUUUAUUCUCAUGAUUUCAUUCAUGAAAUGAAUUUGUACUACACGGAUAAAUAAAGCCUACAGAAAAACACCAAAACAGAAAAAAGGGAACUAAGGGAGGAGGAGGGGAAAGAAGAACCGGGCGAGGCGGACCGCGCUAUAAACGGGGUGGGAGCUCCAGCUUGGCGGCUUUACUCCGCACACACCCAAGACAACAACACACAGUCCAGCUGCUGCGUCCAGAAAUAAACGCGUCCAUCUACGUUCUCCAGGGCGAGGAAUGUGUUUUGCAUGAUCAUACAGGGGGCCACAGAAAAGGACAGAUCACGGAGAAAGAGGAGAGCGAGAGGGGCCAUGGGAUGGAAGACAUUCCGAGUGGAUCCUCGCGACCUCACGCCUUCCAGCCGCCGCAGCAGCAGCAACAGCAGCCGAGCAGCAGUGUGAAGAGAUAAGAGAGAUUAACUGCCGCGGAGGUGACCUUUUCCACAUCCAUAUGGAAGCCAGACGAUGAGCAAGACCCAGAGUUUGUCAGCCGUGCAAAAAGAAAAGAAAAAAUGUGCAUCAACUCCAUGGGUAGAGGAUCGCUACCUUUCCAGCUCCUCUAAGACCCCCGAUAACCGUGUUCCACGCUGCGUUGGGGUGUGUAGGGGGGAGGAACUAGGGUAGCAUUCCCCAGUUCCUAGUUUUACUCAAAGUCUUAAACUACUGCAAGCUCACCAGUCCCUUUAGCUGUUGGACGCCACAUGUUUGAGGUGACUCCCGUUGACCGCCGCCUCCCUUCAACUCAAACUCCACCAUGUCGUGGAGACGGAGGCACUGCUGCCCCAUUAAGAUGACCUGGACCGUCAAGCGCUCGCUGUUCCGCACCCAGGUGGCGGGCCUACUAUCACUUGCCCUGCUCUUAACCUUCUUCCUGUUCUUCAGCCAUCAGGACUGGCUGCCCGGACGCAGUGGGCCCCGCGAAAGCCCCUUGUCCUACACCGUGCACGGUUUCCGUGGCCCCAAGGUGGAGUUAAACCAGAGCUCCUCCAUCAGGAGCCUCUGGAAGGAGAUGGGGUACGUGGCGCCAAAGCAUCCGCUCAACCUCAGCUCUCAGCAUGUGGCGGAGGUGGGCGAGAUCGGGGGAGGAGGGGAAGAAGGGCUAGUCCGGACAGGGGUAAUGGGGCUGGAGGAUUCCAUGAGUGCCAACAACAGUUUACAGAAGGAGAUGGGUAUAGGCGGGAAGCUCAGCGCACAUCCAUACCGCUACAUCUUGAACGAGCCUUUCCUGUGCCGAGACAGCACACCCUUCCUCGUCCUGCUCAUCGCUGCCGAACCGAGCCAGGCCGUCGCCCGCAACGCCAUCCGCCAGACGUGGGGCAAUGAGAGUGCGGCAAUGGGGCUGGGCUUUGUGCGCCUCUUCCUGCUCGGAGUAGGCAAGAGCGCAGAGAGUGCCCUCCAGAGCAGUAUCGAGGAGGAGAGCCAUGUCCACCACGACAUCAUCCAGCAGGACUACCAGGACACGUACUAUAAUCUCACCGUCAAAACCCUGAUGGGUAUGAACUGGGUGGCCGCUCACUGCCCGCAGGCCCGCUAUGUGAUGAAGACCGACAGCGACAUGUUCGUCAACACUGAGUAUCUCAUCCAGAAGCUGCUGAAGCCCGAGCUGCCACCCAGGCAGAGGUUCUUCACAGGCUACCUGAUGAGGGGCUACGCGCCCAACCGGAACAAGGACAGCAAGUGGUACAUGCCGCCGGAGCUGUAUCCGAGCGAGCGCUACCCCAUUUUCUGCUCGGGGACGGGGUACGUGUUCUCGGGGGACAUGGCAGAGCUGAUAUACCAGGCAUCCCUGAGCAUACGCAGGCUGCACCUGGAGGACGUCUAUGUGGGGAUCUGCCUGGCCAAGCUGCGCGUCGACCCGGUGCCGCCCCCAAACGAGUUCCUCUUUAACCACUGGCGGGUGUCCUACUCCAGCUGCAAGUACAGCCACCUGAUCACAUCCCAUCAGUUUCAGCCCAACGAACUCCUCAAGUACUGGAACCACCUGCAGACCAACAAAGCCAACGCCUGCGUGAACAUGGCCAAGGAGAAGGCGUCCAGGUUUAGACACCGGAAGUUCCAUGGGGAGCGGCCCCACUAAGGUCCUUUCUCAGUACUCUCCAAAUUCCUGUCGAGGGAAGAUAUGGGAGGACAGGGGGAUUCAAGGUAUCGCCACAUUGUGGCAGCUGCAGCUGGGAAAUUGGGAGAUGUAAGCACUAUACACUUGUAUGUGGAAGAGCACAAUGUUUUUGGUAUCAUGUUGUCGACGAUUGAAGAUAUUUUUUUAAUUUCCAAGAGCCGUUGAAUAUUGUAAACCUUGUUGAGCUGUUUCGAUGAGAGAGUUCAUGUCUAUGUGCAAUACUAAGCAUGCACACAACAAAAAAAUACAGAGGUUUAAGAGCAGUCAUUGUGACGUUUCAGGUGCCAAUAGAAUGCGGGGAAACACAUUACAGUUCAUGGUGGGGGCUGUUCUGUAUACUGGUGGUAUGGUAUACAAAGAGUGGGGCUAACUGUGACCCACAUUUUUAUAGAACAUUUAUGAAACAAAUGGUUUGCCACAGUUAAAGGGGUAUAUGACUAUAUAUAAAUGUAAUAUCUUGAAAGUUACUACUACCUAACUAUGAAUGACUGUAUCUUUGAUGUGGACCAGUAAUGCUGCCCUGUUUCUCAAUGUUUAUUUUACACAAUUAUGAAAAAAAAUCAGGACUGUAAAGAGAGGGUUUAUCUGUCAAAUUCUGCAUUUUAUUUAUGAUAUUCACUCACAGUAACAUGUCAGAGAUGGAUGAGAUUGUAUUUUUUAAAGCUUUACAUCAAGUGAAUCUGCACUUGAACUCCAAUUAAAUGUUUUGAGUUAAGAUGG